GCGUAUUUCAAAAUGGCAACUCGCAUGGUAAGAGUGCAUGCUCGAAAUUGUAUACGAUUAUCCGGGGGAAAGAACGAGUUUAAAAGAUGCAGUGUAACAGGACUACGCUCAUUCUGCAGUUCAUAUGGACAAGCUGGGAAAACUUCCCUGUGUCAUCCUCUUCCUGGCAUUCCAUCCCCUGUGUAUGCCACCGUUACAGAUCAUUCCUGUGAUACGCAAGUAACAACGUUAGAGAAUGGGAUGAGGGUCGCAUCACAGAAUAUGUUUGGCCAGUUUUGUACUGUUGGUGUUUUGAUUGAUUCAGGGUCACGAUUUGAGCUGCCUUAUACUUCAGGGAUAUCUCACUUCCUUGAAAAGCUAGCCUUUGGUUCCACAGAAAAAUUUAAAGAUAGAGAUGAAAUUUUAAAGCGAUUAGAAAAUUAUGGUGGAAUUUGUGAUUGUCAGACAUCAAGGGAUACAAUGGUGUAUGGCAUCUCAGCCGAGCGGGAAGGCCUACCUGAAGUCAUUGAUAUAUUAUCAGAAGUUGUACUCAGACCUAGAAUAACAGAUGCAGAGUUUGAAGAUGUUGGCAUUGGGAUCCAGUUUGAAUUAGAAGACCUUGCAAUGAGACCAGAUCCAGAACCACUUCUCACAGAGAUGAUUCACGCUGCAGCUUUUAGAAAUAACACACUUGGUCAGGCCAAGUUCUGUAGUUUGGAGAAUAUUCCAAAGAUCAGCCGUAAAACUUUAAUGCAAUUUUUGAAUGUCCACCACACACCCUCAAGGAUGGUGCUUGCCGGUGUCGGAAUGGAGCAUGAGGUUCUUGUGGAUCAGGUGAGGAAGCACUUCCUUGGGAGCUCGAUGUCAUGGAAUACACCAGAGAUCCUAGAGCUGGGUGGCAAUAUAGACAGGUCAAUGGCACAGUAUACUGGUGGUAUAGAAAAGGUUGAAAAAGACAUGUCAAACAUAGCCCCAGGCACACCUAUCCCAGAACUGGCUCACCUCGUCCUCGGCCUUGAAAGCUGCGGCCAUCAAGAUCCUGAUUUUGUUGCCUUCGCAGUUCUCAAUAUGUUAAUGGGAGGAGGCGGAUCAUUCUCAGCAGGGGGCCCUGGUAAGGGUAUGUACACACGUUUGUACCUCAACGUCUUAAAUCGCUACCACUGGAUGUACAGCGCCACCGCCGUUCAUUACAGCUACGAAGAUAGCGGAAUAUUUUGUAUUCACGCCAGUACACACCCAUCAAUGCUGAAGGAUCUAGUUGAGGUGUUGACAAAGGAGUUUGUGAAGAUGGCUGGCAGAGUUGAAGAUGUUGAGCUUGAGAGGGCUAAGACACAAUUGCAGUCCAUGUUGAUGAUGAAUCUGGAGGCUCGACCUGUAGUGUUUGAGGACAUCGGCCGACAAGUCCUUGCCACAGGAACCAGGAAAAAUCCAGAGGAAUUUUGUGAAAUGAUAGGAAAAAUUUCCAGUCAAGAUAUUCAAAGAGUUGCAAGCCGAAUGCUUCAAGCUAAACCUUGCAUAGCUGCUCUUGGGGACCUCAAGUACCUGCCGUCUUUUGAAGAUAUUCGGGCAGCUUUUUCCAGCAAAGAUGGUAGCCUUCCACGUUCGAAACUCGCUUCUAUCUUUAAACGAUAGUAAUGUAAUAACAGAAAUAACUGAUUGUUUUUUUUUUAUACAUAAAAAAAGUUUGUUUUAUAUAUAUAUAUUUCUUUUUAUAAUGCACAGAGUGGCUCUGUGUAGAGAAGAAGCUGAAAAGAUAAAAAAAAAAAUAGGCUUGUAUGCUGUGAACCAUAUUAAUGGGUUUACCAUGACCAUAUGAAACUCGCCAUUCCAAGACCUGCAUCAGUGACCAAAAAAUUGAAAUUGACUUUUUAGUAUAUUCUUUAUUCUCCACCUUAUAAGCUUUAAGAUGAUGUGGCCAUUUACUGGAAUCGAUUUACUUUUGCCAAAGUUAUGAGUAAAAGUAUUAUGCGUCGUCUGUACUAAAGUAUACAAUCCUGCCACAUUCUUAUGCUAAUUACUCGGUUUAACAAUCAACGACAGUAUGCUGGUUUUGGGAGGGCAAGCCUCAUAUGGUGUAUGGGUCUGUGCCAUGGGAUAGUCUUGUUUUGUUAAUAUUUGACAGAGGAGAAGAUAGGUCUAAAGAUAGUAUGAAACAAACUCCAAAAAGAUGAAUAUGAACUAAUAAAAUUUGAAUCUAUAGAAUCAAUAAUGGCUUGUAUCACUUUUUUUGGAGUUUGUUUCUACUAUCUUAUGUCAAACUUAUCGGUGAACCCCAUGGUUGAAGCAUGGUUCAACGAUCCGAAAUUCAGCGGUGGGAAAAUCCAACGAUGCGAAAUCCUGUGAUGUGAAACCAGUGAAGCGAGACCUAGACUGGUCACCAGGUUGUCGCCGAGAGGGGUUGUUGGAGUCCAGAAAAAAAAUAGCAUUUUUUAUGUUCGGUGAGAUUAAAAUUUGGUGAUUUUUUGUUUUAUAGUUUAAAGUAUAAAGCUUUCCGACAAAAACUUCCAACCACAACAUGAUAAAAUAAAGCCUACUAGUGAUCCAUGCUUCACUCAAAGUCGACUUGGUGUUCAAAUCAAUAUUCAAAAGUGUUUUUUUUUUGGCGAAUUAUUGGUGAGCCUGCAAGUAGGUUGGCCCACCCUCUAAAAUUGUUAGAUGGGCUUCCACCCACCUGUGCUGCCGCCCACCUGUGCCGCCGCCAGUGGUCUGUAUAUAUGACACCCCAUUACAUACACUAAAUUGGCAAAUGGAAGAAAGGGAUCCCAUGUUUAUUAUUGUUAUGAGAGAUUGCAAAAACUGUAUUAUGACCAGUACUUUAUCAAUGGCAUACCAAGGAUUUCGAAAAGGGUGGUGCCGAGUAGUAUAAAUUCUUGUUGAAAUUUUAUUCAUUACUGUGUAUGACCAAUAAAAUGAACUUGACUGUGAAAAAUAAUGCACAAAAUAAGACCAGUAGAAGUGGUGUAUAAAUAGAAAAAAAAAAAACAAGGAUUUUUUUCCCUGAUGCUUGUUAAUGUAUAAUGCUGCCUUUGGAUACGCCACUAUUUAUUGUAGAGUAUUGGGUACUAGAAUUUAAGACCUGGUUUUUAUUAUUUUUUUUUUAGCCAGAGGUAAAGUAUACAAAUACACAAAGUGAAGUGAAUUUAUGGCAUCGCCAAAAUACUGUACAUGUUAUAUUUGCAGUGGCCUGUUAAUGUAGGUGGAGUAGAACCUUAAUCAAAGGGACACCAGGACCACUGAAUAUUAGUGUCUCCUUAAAUAAGAUUGGCCUCAAUGUUAAAAGAUAUAAUUCCAUUUGUUUGAUUUUGUUUUGGCUCCAUAAAUUUGCUGACAAGGGAUCUAAACCAAAGGACCGACGAGAGCCUCGGUCAGGGUCCCAGAAUGUAUAAACCUGGUAGGGUUCACGGGGUGAGUUUUUAUGGCUUAGUAUUUUCCAAAUUAUGCUUUUAGACCACAAUAUUAGGGAUUGGCAAUCAACAUUAUUUUUUUCUAUAAGCAAAUUUUUGCCCUCCAACGAUCACUCCAACUGGUUUGGUGUCUAAAAAAGGUUCCCUUUAAUAGAAUUGUCCUACACGAUUGUUCUACGGUACUGUAUUCUAAAAAAGUAAAUCAUGUUUGGAUUGUAUUGUAGGCCUACGGGGAGUGGACGAUAUGGAUUAAAGAUUCUCUUUGAACUAUUAAAACCAGUAACAUUAUA